AAAUCUUGCUUUUCAAAAACCUGCUACCAUGAGUACGGUGUUCAACUCUAGAAGCAGCCCAUCAUCUGCCGUGGACGGCAACAACGGCACCGAUUGGUACUCUGACUUCUGUGCAACAUCGAAACAUGACGACAUGGAACCCUGGUGGAUGGUGGAUCUGCAUGGGUACUACCACAUCCAUGACGUCAUCAUCACGAAUAGGGAAAACACAUACUGGUGGCGUCUACACAGUUUCACAAUUGACGUGUUUACGGAGAACCCAAUAGGCUGUGCACGCGCCACACCAGUCCAGUGUUACAACCGCACCGACCCACUGGGUCGUGGUGAGACUGUACAGUUUAAAUGUCGCUCUCCCGUGAAUGGUCGAUUCGUUCGUAUUAAGAAGUGGAGAAUGACGGAUAAUAGAGACACACUUAUACUUUGUGAAGUUCAAGUUUUUACCACAAGGGCGACAGGUUGUACUUCCUUUCGACCUUUCUAUCGAACACUGAGGACGCGACUCGACUCAGAAAAUGUCGUCAUAUCCGGUGCUUCUGACGUCAUGAAUUGCGCGAGCAGGUGCGAGAACAGCGAUUGUUUGGCGUUCAACUACAACCAGAACAGUCAGCAGUGUCAGCUCAUUUCAGCUCCGACGUUUAAGGAUUCAACAAAGAUGACGUCAUCGUGGGAUUACUAUGGAGUGGAUUUUUGUUGAUCUGUUUAACAACUCAAGUCUUUUUUCUUCUUUUUUUCUUUCUUUUUUAAACUGUCAUGAGUCUGCAGCCAUUGUAGGAUAUGUCCGACCAACAGAGUAUUUUUAAAGAUUAAAAUUUUAUGAUAAAUACAUGUCAUUGUUUAUAAUAUUAAUGUCCGUGUAUCUAUUGUCCUUCCCACAGGGAACGCCUUUUAUCAUACUAUGAAAUUUAUUACAAGCCGGUAGUUGAGUAUUACAUUAGGUGUUAUGACCACCAAAGAUAUUGAAGGACGAUUGGGGUCAGAAGUGAAAUUUGAAAGCUGACGGUAAAUGGCUAAUUCAACCUUCCUGGAAAUUGUCAAAAUCGACAAUGAUACCCCACGCACAUGUACGGGACAACUACGUGAUGUAUGUGCAAUGUGCAAACUAUGGAAUGUGUUUCCGUGUGUUGAUAAACAGACCAAAACGCUCUUUACUAAGAUAUCUGUGUUGUCUGUGUUGUCUGCCUUAUUUAUACACAUACAUAAUGGAUUAAAGUAAACCUAUUCCUAUUUUGCCAUUCUCUGCCUUAUUUAUACACGUACAUAAUGUAUUAAAAUAAACCUAUCCCUCUUUUGCUGUUCUCUGCCAUAUUUAUACACAUGCAUAAUGGAUUAAAGUAAAUCUAUUCCUCUGUUGCCGUUGUCUGCCUUAUUUAUACGCAUGCAUAAUGUAU